GCGGGGAGAGGCCGCCGCCAUCUCCGGGUACCGGCGCCCCGAGUGCAGCCGCGCCGGGCAGCUGGGCCGGCCCUGGGGCCAUGAGGAGCCGCAGCAACUCGGGGGUGCGCCUGGACGGCUACGCCCGCCUGGUCCAGCGGACCAUCCUCUGCCACCAGAACCCAGUGACAGGGCUGCUUUCAGCCGGGGCGGACCAUAAGGAUGCCUGGGUCCGGGACAACAUCUACAGCAUCCUGGCGGUGUGGGGUCUGGGAAUGGCCUAUCGGAAGAACGCGGACCGGGAUGAGGACAAAGCCAAGGCCUACGAGCUCGAGCAGAAUGUUGUGAAGCUGAUGCGGGGGCUCUUGCAGUGCAUGAUGAGACAGGUAGAUAAGGUAGAGAAGUUCAAACGCACUCAGAGCACCAAAGACUGCCUCCAUGCCAAAUAUAACUCUGCAACUUGUGCCACGGUGGUUGGGGAUGACCAGUGGGGGCAUCUGCAAGUAGAUGCAACUUCCCUCUACUUGCUCUUCUUGGCACAGAUGACUGCAUCAGGGCUACGUAUUAUCUUCACCCUUGAUGAAGUUACCUUUAUCCAGAAUCUUGUUUUUUACAUAGAAGCUGCCUACAAAGUUGCUGAUUAUGGAAUUUGGGAACGUGGCGAUAAGACAAACCAAGGAAUCCCUGAACUGAACGCGAGCUCCGUGGGGAUGGCCAAAGCUGCUUUGGAAGCAAUUGAUGAACUAGAUCUUUUUGGAGCCCAUGGAGGACACAAAUCAGUGAUUCAUGUUCUUCCUGAUGAAGUGGAACACUGUCAGUCUAUUCUGUACUCCAUGUUGCCAAGGGCAUCCACAUCAAAGGAGAUAGAUGCUGGCCUUCUGUCUAUUAUUUCUUACCCAGCUUUUGCAGUGGAGGAUGUAAACCUUGUUAAUGUAACCAAGAGUGAAAUCAUAUCCAAACUGCAGGGUCGUUAUGGCUGCUGUCGCUUUCUCCGAGAUGGUUACAAGACACCCAGAGAGGAUCCAAGCAGGCUGCACUAUGAUCCUGCUGAGCUCAAGCUCUUUGAAAAUAUUGAAUGUGAGUGGCCAGUAUUCUGGACAUACUUCCUAAUUGAUGGAAUAUUUAAUGAGGACAAAAUUCAGGUACAAGAGUACAGAGAGGCUCUGGAAGGAAUACUUAUUAGAGAGAAGAAUGGAUUAGUGCUAAUGCCUGAACUGUAUGCAGUCCCUCCAGAAAAGGUGGAUGAGGAGUAUGAAAAUCCUCACUCAGUGGAUCGUGUCCCAGUGGGAAAGUUGCCACAUCUUUGGGGCCAAUCAUUGUAUGUCCUGAGCUGCCUGUUAGCAGAGGGAUUUCUUGCUGCAGGUGAAAUUGAUCCCUUAAACAGGAGAUUUUCCACUGGAUUUAAACCUGAUGUUGUGGUACAAGUAACUGUUUUGGCAGAAUCUAAUCAAAUUAAGAAUCUCUUGCAAGACCGUGGAAUCAAUGUUCAGAGCAUUGCUGAUAUCCAUCCACUCAGAGUGCAGCCAGCUCGCAUCCUCAGCAACCUCUACACCAUGCUGGGCCGGAACAAGAACAUGAAAUUAAGUGGCCGACCACACCGACACAUCGGAGUGUUGGGCACCUCCAAGCUCUAUGUGAUAAGAAAUCAAAUAUUUGCUUUUACCCCUCAGUUUACUGACCAGCACCACUUCUAUCUUGCUCUAGACAAUCAGAUGAUUGUGGAGAUGCUCAAGACAGAGCUGGCUUACCUCACUUCUUGCUGGAGGAUGACAGGGAGACCAACCUUGACAUUUCCCAUCACCCACACAAUGCUUGUUGAUGAUGGUACUGACAUUCAUCCAGCAGUUCUUGCCACAAUAAGAAAAUUAGAAGAUGGUUAUUUUGGAGGUGCAAGGGUGAAAAUAGGCAAGCUAUCAGAAUUUCUUACCACCUCUUUUCAUACAUAUCUGAGCUUCCUGGAUCCAGACUGUGACCUGAAACUGUUUGAUGACCGUAAUGACGACUGUCAUAGUCCUGACAGUGAAUAUGGAGACUACCCAGCAGAUUUCUGUGAGAAAGAUAGCCAGGAUGAGCUGGAUCAGUAUAUAAAUGAUGUCCUGCAGAGCACAGCACUGAAGUCAUACCUGCCUUCAACUUCAAACACAACAAGUCAACCUCCUGUGUUCAGUGCAAACCAUUCCACAGAGGAAAUACUGUCAAUAAUGGCGAAGACAAAGGGCUUAGAAGUUCCAGCCAUGUCUAUGUCUCUUCCCACUAAAGUUCUGAACACACACAGAAAGUCUCUGAAUCUUGUUGAUAAUCCUCAUUUCUUUGAGACAAAGGACUGUGAAAAUGUUUUGCACUUACCUAAAGAUGCUCAUGGUGAUUUGGAUUGCAGGAAGCUCGUUGAUCAGCUGAAGGAAUGUCCAACACUCCAUGAUCAAGCAGAUAUCUUGUAUAUUUUGCAUAUACUUAAAGGUGCUGACUGGGACACAGAGCUGGAUGGACAGUAUGGUGUCACUGUUCACUGCCUCCUCAAUGAGCUCUACAGAAAGGCAGGCCUCAAUCAGGAAUGGGGCUUAAUCCGUUACAUUUCUGGCAUACUCAAAAAGAGAGUUGAAGUCCUGGCUGAGGCAUGUACAGACCUUCUGUCACACCACAAGCAACUUACAGUGGGCCUGCCACCAGAACCCCGUGAGAAAAUCAUUACCACCCCACUGCCACCUGAGGAGCUCACCGAUCUCAUUUACGAAGCCAGUGGCCAAGACAUCAGUAUUGCAGUCCUGACACAGGAGAUAAUUAUGUACUUGGCGAUGUACGUCCGCUCGCAGCCCAGUCUCUUUGUGGAGAUGCUCCGGCUCCGCAUUGGUCUGAUAAUCCAGGUCAUGGCCACUGAGCUGGCACGAAGUCUCAAAUGCUCAGGUGAAGAAGCUUCAGAGAGCUUGAUGAAUCUAAGCCCCUUUGAUAUGAAAAGUCUCCUACAUCAUAUUCUCAGUGGGAAAGAGUUUGGAGUGGAAAGAAGCUUGCGACCUGUAGAUUCUUCUUCAUCCAGCCCUGCAAUUUCUAUUCAUGAGAUGGGGCAUUCUGGAGCAACCAAAACAGAAAGAAGUGGUAUUACUAAAUUGAAGAGUGAGAUGAAGCAGAGGAGCAGUACUCCAUCAUCUCCCACCUGUACCUCUCCGACUGGCUCUAGUGGAGACAUGAGCUGGGGUGACAGAAAAGGGCAGUGGCUGCGCAGAAGGAGGCUUGAUGGGGCUAUUAACAGGGUUCCUGUUGGCUUUUAUGAGAAAGUCUGGAAAAUCCUUCAGAAGUGCCAUGGUCUGUCCAUUGAUGGGUAUGUUCUUCCCUCUUCAACUACCAGAGAGAUGACCCCGUGCGAAAUCAAGUUUGCAGUGCACGUGGAGUCGGUGCUGAACCACGUCCCUCAGCCCGAGUACAGGCAGCUCCUGGUGGAAGCUAUUCUCGUCCUGACCUUCCUGUCCGACAUCGAGGUGAACAGCAUCGGGGGCAUCAUCCACGUGGACAGAAUCGUGCACAUGGCCAAUGACCUGUUUCUGCAGGAGCUGAAAUCAUUUGGAGCUACUGGUAGUAUCUUGGAGAAAGACACAGCCACAGGAAUUUGCCACUAUUUUUAUGACAGUGCUCCCAGCGGAGCCUAUGGCACCAUGACUUACCUAACAAAAGCCAUAAUUAUUUAUUUACACGAUUUUCUGCCCAGCACAGGCUGUGCAAUGCAGUAAAUGAUGCCUCACAUGGGAGGGAAGGCUCAGAGGCUCUUCCUCUCCAGUUCAGUGUCACAAACCCCUUGGUUGGUUGCUGCCUGUGUGUGUGCCAUGCACUCCCUGAGCAUUUGGCACUGCUGGGGAUGCUCUGUGCACACCUCCUGCUGGGGACAGGGAGCUGGAAUUUGGCCUGGUUGUAGGAGAGUGUGCAAGAAAUAACAAAUAAUGAGGCUUAUUCUGCCCAAAGUGCAUAAAUGUAAUUUGUAUUAAAUUAGCAAGAAUUAUACAAUUCUGCCAAGGGCAAAGCAGAUUACUUUGUGGAGAUCAAAAGGCAUAAUAAAAUGAGGGAGCUGCAUCGUGGGCAUAGUCUCACAAAUAAGAGAAGUGAUGGAAUUCAUUAAUUUUUCUCCUGCUGUGUGUAAAUGUACAUCAUUGUGAAUCACUAAUGCACAGUGUGAAACAUCCAGGGAAAUGUAAAUUAGAGGAGUAAGAAUAACUUGAAAUAACAUGAUAUUUCUAAUACACUUUUAUCCUGAUUCUCUUCUCAUUUGCACCUAGUCAGUGCAGGGCUAAUACCUGUAGGGACAAACAUCCUACAGUAUCCACUAAUUUGAGAGGAUAGCCUCUGUCAGGAAGCCACAUCUGUCUUUAAUCUGAAUAGCUUUCUUCCCUGCAUCCCCAAGACUUUGGAGGCAAACUCUCAAGACUCCAGAUUCUCCAGUGUGACAGUUUUAUGCCUGUAAUCCUUUCCUCUGAAUGGAGCAAGAUAAACCUCUUUCACUUGAGCACCCUUUCCAAGUCUCCUGAUCAUUUCCCUUGCAAACAGCCUCAGAGUUAAGAAUUGCAUAAUUGUGGCUUUUCCAGUGUAGCAUGAGUUUAUAAAAGGCUUUGAUGUUCCUCUUUGGUUUUUUUGGUUGGGUUUUUUUUUUAAUAUUAUUGUCUUUCUUUUUUCCUUUUCCAUUUUUUCUUUUUUUUCUUUCUAGUUUGAAGUCACAGUGGUCUCAUAUAAUUAGGAGCUGGGCUGCCUGGAAGUCUCCCUGCAGACAGUUCCCAGGUUAAUGCUGUGAGUUGGGAAGCUCUGACAUGCUGCAGGGAGUAGGUGUGUCCUGCAUGGGAAUCACUCUGUGACCAUUGAAACUGAAAACAGAGGUAGGCAGCCUCUGGAAAGGAAAACCCUGCCUUGCCCCAAGCACUGGCUGUGCUUUUCCUUGUGCCUUUGCUUUGCCACUGGCCACAUAUCAGCAUCUGGCUAACAGCUUAGGAAAGUGGCAGUAGUUUCGGCAUGCCAUGGCCACAGACAGGCUCUCAGUAGCACUGCUGCCGUGUGAGCAGAAAAGAUCAAAGAAAUUCUGUCCUACCAGGUAGAGGGGAAAAGAGCAGAUAGGCCUGUAAAAAUAAGUGCUUUCUGAGCUAGGUAAGCCUGAUAAGCUGUUUCUGUGAGCCUUCCCUCCACUCUUUCAAAACAUAACCGUGCCUUUUGUAUACGAUUUAUUUUUUUUCAAACAAUAGUGUGUGGUGCUUUUGAGAGUAAGGUUUGUGUUUCCAGUAGAAGUAAUGUCCUGUCUCAUUUGCCAGCCCUCAUGGUCCCAGGAGGUCUGAGCUCCAAAGGUCUGCAUGCCUGCUGUCCCUCUAUGCAGUCACUGCUGCUAUAGCAGUAUCUGGGAACUGGCUCAAGAGAGUGUAGGUAUAGGAGGCCUUAGUGUGAGGUGAUUUAAUGUUUUUUUCAGAGACCAGAGGAGUUUGGUAGUCCAGAGCACUGUGUUAACCACCAUGGGAACCAUGGGCCUGUGCAGGGGCCAGUAUAAAGUGACAGUUCAGGUACAGUUAGCACUUGGGUGUGGAAGUUAUUUUAUUGGUGUGGUGCCUGUUUUGUAAGGGUUUGCCUUUGUUAUUAUUUGGUUUGGGUUUUUUAACUUUUCAUAUGUAUUGUGAGAGCUCAGUUGGCUUGUUUCCCAGUAAAAGGAAGUAAAAUCUUUUUUCUAGUUUAAGCAGAUGUGACACUGCAAAGCAUAAGCACAAAAAGAGCAAGGUGAGGUUUUUUUUAUUGUAUGUGGUAGAAUACAAAAAGUAGUAGAAGUUAAUUUUGCUUUUCUUCUUGAAUCCUAAAUUGAGAGAGAUGCAAGAUGACAUUUUUCUCAGAGUUGUAAUUUUUUUUUUCCUACUGUGUGAAUUAGUUUUCAGAAACAAGAAAGCUGAUGUUAGUUUUCCAUGAAGCUGUAUUGAAGUCUAAAGCAAUGAAAUAUAUGGCUUAACGUGCCUGGGCACCCCUUAACACUUCUCUGUUUUUAAAUGGGAGUGUCGUUGGUGUCUUUUAUAUCAAAUUCAUGGUAUGACCUACGUUAUGGUAUAUUCAUGAUGUUUUAUGAAGUAUUUAUGUGGUAAUUUGAAGAAUUUAGGUGUCUGGUGGUGCAGGGUGGUACAAACACAAGAUCAGUGGAAGGCAAACUUACAUUACUUGCAGACACAUCAAAAGCAUCACUGAUGUCCCUCAGCUGCUGGUCCCACAGUUAACUGUGAAAACCGAAUGGGUGGAGUACAAAGUUUAUCUGGCUUCUCUCCUGCUAACUGUAGUCUCCUUUUUAAGGGAAAGAGUCCUGCUUGUUCCUGGAAGGUGCAGGUGAGCCACGCAGUCCUUAGCUGCCCUGCAAAGGAGAAGCCCCUUUCUGUGGAGUAGUGAAACACCUGGCCUGCCCCAUGUGAGCAUGGGACACUGUGGGAAUGUGUCACCCCUCUGGCAGUAGCCAGGGCCUUGAGUGAAGUGGGAGCUUGGGUCAGUCCAAGUGCAACCUUGGGCACUUUUUGGAGUGGUCAGCAGGUAGGAGCAGAGUUCUCAGAAAGCAGGAGAGAGAUGCUACCAGUGGUGGCAUCUGUAGCUGUAAAGUGAGAACUUGGCAUUCAUCUGCAGGCUGAUUCAGGCUUAAAGGACCACUCACAUCUGGAAUAUUAAGUAGCUUCUGCAUAGAAUCAUGACUAAAAAAGGGAUUGAGGAUGGAGGUUAUAGAAGAAGAGCUUCAGCUCAAACAGUUUAGAUUUAAGAACCAGCAGCAGUGCGUUUUCCCACUCCCAGUUUCAGUCUCAAGUGGCAUUUAUUCCCAGCCUUAGAUGUUUCACAGUAAGUCCCCCUGUCUGCUGUCUGCUUUGGCUCAAUGAUUCAGCUCCUCUCACCUCAGUCCGCAUCCCCUCUCAGGAGGUGAUCCCGUGAGGCCAGUCCCAUUCAUGCUAGGUUCAGGAAUGUGUCCUUAGUGGGGGACAUCCACACUAGAGACUGCCAACCAUCCUCCAGAGCUCCUGUGUCUUGUUGUACAGCCUGGCUUUGUCCUCUUUACUGGGGCAGGUGGCAAAGGGUGACUCCAGUGCUGCAGUGUCCAGUUUCACCUUGUCACUUCACACCCCCUGCAUGCAAGCCAGCAGGGGAAGCAAGAUCCCAUCACACAGUAGUGUUUGGCCAGUGGAAGUGGAGCCUUUUUGUCACUCCACUGGAAUAAGGUGGGACUGAUCAUCACAGUGCAUAGAUCAGAAUAACUGCAUGCUAUAAAUACACAUUAUGUAUUACCAAUGCCAUUAAAGUUUUACUGUAAAUUUUGUUUGUCCUAUUAAAGACUUUUCUUUCUCCCAA